AAAACAACAAAGGAUGCCAGGCGUGAGAGACAAGGGGAAUACCCUGGACUGAAACCAUCUUUUCACUUCAGAAGAUGCCUCUUUGACUUUGAGUCCUCAACUCAAGUCAAGAUUAGCACGGAGAAAGGAGAAAGGCCAACAUCCAUUCUUUUGAAUAAGCUAGAAUAAUCUUGCGACGAAGGUGAUGGAGACCGAAUUCAAGAGAGAUUUAUGUGGCGCUGAAGAUCUGCUUCAAUCGUUUCCUCUUCACCGUGCAUGUCGUGAUGGGGAUCUCUGUUCUCUGGCGGGCCUGCUCGGCGAGGCAGUGAUGUCUGUGUGCGAUGCUUCCAUUCAGGAUCCUCUCUUCGGUUGGACACCCGCACACUGGGCUGCUCACAACGGAAAGGUCGAGUGUUUAGAGAUGUUGGUGAAAGCUGGUCUACCAUGUGAUAUUGCUACCCAUGGAACAGGGCUAACUCUAGCUCAUGUAGCGGCUUUAGAGGGACAGAUGGCUUGCCUGACAUGGCUCACUCAAAAUGACGUCUCCAUCAAUGCACAGGAUCAUAUGGGAGAGACAGCAGCUCAUAAGGCUGUACGAUGUGGUAGUGUUGAAUGUCUACAUAUACUCAGGCAACAUGGUGCUGAUUUAAGUCUUCGAAGUAGUAUAGGAGCUACCGUCAUGGACCUAGCCAUUCAGAAUCAGCAAUCUCGGUGUAUAGAGUACUUCAGGGCUGGUGGUGACAGUCACCUGACCAAUCAUAUGACUGAUCACAUAACCUGUAUGAAUGGAAGACGUAAGAGAAUGCAACCCGGUGAGGAAUCGGAGCCGGACUCAGCCAAGAGACCGAAGGUUGAAAAUGAGCAUGAACAUCCACCGUCAUCCCUUAUGUGUAACCCUAUGACAAGCCUUGGAGUGGGAACCUGUAGUACUGUUGCAGGACAUCAUAUACAAAAUGGUGUGAACGGUACCUAUUCUAAUGGUGGUUCCAUGAACGGAUCUAAAGAGCUGGACCAGGAACUGGCACAGGACUAUGGUACCGUGGUACCGUGCUGCCAACCCGUGUACUCUAGAAAGCCUAUGCAAUCAGGAUAUGAUGAAUCUAGCUCCAUAGAAAUGGUCACUGAGGAAUCUAGCGAAUACCGUAACGGUCAUGGUAUGAAUGGACAUUCAGAAAACGAUGAUAGACCUGCUGUAAGAUUGAAUGAAAACUGCAUUCACACAAUGUCUACAGGUGUCAUGGAGCAUAAUGCUAUGGUAGAACAGAGUGUAGGGUAUGAUACCACCUUGGAGACUAUGUAUAAUAGUUAUGAUUCCUACCUGUGUGGACAUGCCUAUUGAUGAAUGUGAAUGCAUCUUUACUUCAAUUAGCAGACACCCAUUCUUGUUGAAUAGUUGUACAUUUAAAGGGUAAUUUGGAUCUAAAUGGUUUAGAUGAAUCUCUUUUGUAAGGAAUUAUGGAGUACCUUAAAGAUAACUCUGGUACUGGUAACAUAACAUACUAUUAAGGGGGGGGGGGGGGUGCAGUAUGUGAUUUGGGCAAAUUGCUCCGAAGUGGUUAUUUGACUUAAAUGAAAGUUGGCUAAAGAAGGAUUUACUGUAAUUUAGCCUUUUUUCAGAGAGUGAAAAUGCUCAUUUCUGUCAUCUGUCAUUUUGUUUAUAGACCUUGUAGAAUUGUUUUAUUUGUACAUUUGGUUUUAUAGAAGUCUAACUUAUUGUUUAGUGUAAACUGCUGCAAUUUUUAAUCUACCUUGUUUUUUUUAUAAUGUGGACGGCUCUUUUCAACCAAAAGUUACUCCUACUUUUUGUGACAUUUCUACUUAAUUUUUUAAAAAGCAAAACAGGGACAUUCUAGCUUAUUUUUCUACUUUUAAAAAUCAAUUUCUAACUGAUAUCUGUGUGGAAAAUACCUUUGUUUUGUAAAAGUUUAUGUAGUGUGUUUUGUAAAUGAGUAGAGUUUUUUUUUAGUGUCUAUGCAGUAUAGUAUUAUUGCAUAAACUUAAGGAUUGUUAAAUACUGGUGCUUGCUGUGCUUAUAUUUUUAUGUGUUUUCUAGCUUUUCAUACUCUAGGCUUAUCCAAAGAAUGAAGUAUUCUUAUUGUUCCAUAUCCAGUAUCUCAAAUGAAAUGAACAAUGAAUUUAUGAUUAUUCAUUUGAAGAUGAAUUUGUAUUUUUACUGUUGAAAAUGUACUACAAGUUUAUUUAUCACAGUCAAUUCAUGAUGUGUAGAAAUAUAUCCAGGGGGCCGUUUCAUAAAGCUUGUGGUAAGUUAAGAGCGACUUCAAGAACGACUGGUGAACCUUUCUUACGCGCUUAACCAUUGCCAAUAAAUAUACCACUUACUACAAGAAAGGAUCACCAGUCGUUCUUAAAGUCGAUCUUAACUAACAAACAGCUUUAUGAAACACCCACCAGAGGAAGUUUUAUGGGGAAUCGAAUUGCCUCAUGUUGAUGUGUUCUAUAUUUUCUUGUUUGAAUGCACCACUUCUGUUCUGCUCGGUGCACAAAUCACUAAUUUUAAAAAUUUAUUUCUUUAUAUCUUUUUUCCAAGUACGAACCUUAUUGGCAAGCUUUUAUCAACUGAUAAUUAGCGCUUGAUUAUGGGGCAGAUCUUUAUGAUUAAUUGUAUACAAUAGAGUACCGAAGAGAAAACGUCACAAAAAUCUUUUUUUUUUUGCAUUUCAGCGUUUUUUUUUUUAUACCAUACCUUGGCAGGGCAUGAUGAAAACUGCCCACUUCCAAAAAGUCCAUGGGGGACUUAAAUAGACCUCAUGAAUACAUAAUUAGCCCCAUUGAAGUCAACUUGUAUUUUGUCCUGGUUCCUAACAUUUAGAACCAGGCCAAUAAUACAUUGAUUUGUGACACCAUCACUUGUAGAAAUAAACCCCACAUUGAAUUGCUCUGCAUAGCAUUUUAUCGCCAUGGAUACAGGAUUCAGACUUGUUAUCAGACCCCUGUCUACCAAGAGUUUCGAUUGAUUCAAUCGACCACAACUAUGGAAAGCCAGCAACAUCAGCAUCUAAAUCGCGUGUUUGUUCAAAUUUGAAUAUUUACUAUAUAAUUUAUAUUCAUACAUCAUAAUUUCUUGAAAAGUCAGUGUGCUUCUCUUUGUUUACAAAGUAUAUUGUGCAAAUUUCCUGAAGGAAAAAUUAUGAUGUUGAUGGAUUUCCGUAUACUUGAGGUUGAUCAGAUCAAUCGUAACUCUUGAUAAAAUUGGGCUCUGAUCUGUUUUUAUUGUCUCAAAAUUGAAGGUUGGUAAAAUCCUAAAAAUUCCACUUAUAUGAUCACCCUCAAACAAAGUUUUCUGUACCAAUUUCAAAAGUUGUCUUUAUACUCUCUGUUUUUUUCUUUUCAAGUGGUCUAUUAGAAGUUGGCUGAAAGGGCAACCGAUUACUUUGUAUAGCUUGCAUAUGCAGAUUGAUGAUUAAAUUGUGUACAAUAUGUACAUGUACUUAAAAUUACUAGAAAUAAAAUUUUUAGUAAGAAUUCUGAAUGGAUUUGGAAAUGCAGCCAUCUGAACAUAAUGUAGUUAAGAAAGUGUGUGAAAUCUUCAAACAAACUGACUUUAAUUUUUUUUUGUAUAGUUAUGAGCGACUUUACAAACGACUGGUGAUCCUUUCUUUGGUGCUAAAUCAAUGUCAAUGAAAAUGUGGUGUUUAUCGUUUACUACAAGAUAUGAUCACCAGUCUUUCGUAGAGUUGCUUGUAAUUAUGACUUUUUACUUAGUAUGCAUACUGAUAUGUAUUUUUACAAGUAAAUUUACCGAUACCUGUCUAGCAGUAAGAAAAUUUUUUAAAAGUUCAGCUUGCCCUGCAGUCUUUAUGAUUGCUUUUACAAACAUUCCAUGUUGCAAUAUUUGCCUUUGAUAUGUAUCACUAACAUACAUGUAUUGAUUUUAAACUUUAACCUUGGUUUUACACAUAGAUGAGUUCAGAGUCAAAUCCCCUUUCUCACAGUUUUUUUAUCAAAUGUGACCAGCCACUCCAAAACCAGCAGUAAUACCUCAGUCACAUUUGCCCUACGGCGGCCGUACGGCAAGUCGAAAACAGCCGUUUUAUUCAUUUUUAUCCAAACCACCUAAUAUUUAGCUGGUACAGAAAAUGUUAAAACGUCUGUUUUCAAAUCGCUGUACGGUCGCCGUAGAGCAAAAUGUGACCAAGGUACUAUUAGUCGCAAAAAUGAAUGUUGAGAUUAUCAUUGAACUUCAAAAAGCACAUCCCAAUCUUAUAUAUAACACAUCAAAAUUGACCAAUAGUAACUCUCAUAAGUACCUGAUUGAAUGCAGAAGAAUUUCAGCAAGAGCUUCAAAAAAAUAAGGAGAAAAGAAGUUUUGCAGUUUAGGUUCACUCCAACAUGAGAUGUGCACACUAUGCAAGUUCAGACAAAACUUUCAAACAGUCCGAAAAAUGGUGUCAAAGAAGGUCUUUUCUUUUUCUUUUUUAUUCAAUUUUACAACUUUGAAUUGGUCAGUAUAUAGAACAAUAAUAAUCCUUCAGAUAAAAGCUGAUUUUCUAAUUUUUGUUUCUCGAAGACCAUAUUACUUUUUUGGCUAUUUACACAGAAUCUUCCCUGGUGACUUAUAUUUGGGUUUGAGCUGGCAGGUCACAAACACAAUUGGGCAAUUCCAUAAAAUGAUCAACCUUUUUGUACGUCCGACCCCCAUAUUUAUCAAGUCUUACUUCACUUCAUAAACUGACCAAGUUGUGGUCCUUUGAGAACUUUACAGACUUUCAAAAGAACAAGAAAUCAGAGACAAAAAAUUUCAUGAAGGUCCCACAUAGAGGGGGUCGGACGUACAUAUUUUAUGGAAUUGCCUAAUUAUGAAGUUUUUUAUCAGAAUUCUUUGACUUAUUAAAGAAAAGUUUGACUUAGAAGAAAUGAAUGCAUUUCAUAAUCUGUUCUGGAAAAUUAUUUGACGUAUUGAAAGUAAUCAUGAUUGUAUUUGAUUUUCAAUUACAUUUCUAUGCAUUUAGACAGACGUUGAUUAUAUAUUAGCAGAAAGGCAAUCUACGAUACCAUGUUGUAACUAUGCGUAAUUGUUAUAUCUGGUGCCAUCUUUAAAGUAAAGUUAUAUGAAAUAAUUGAUUAUUUAUUUUUAAUGUUUGCUGCUCAACGCAUAAUGACUUAAAAAUAUACAUCUAAAUGGAUGGAUUUAUUAUUGGAAUUUUCAGGAAAUACUGUCACAUUUGAGAACUAUUUUACCCAUUAUUUUGAGCACAUGUACAGUACAUUUAUUCACAUUUUACAUGUAUUUAUGUUUAUUUGUUUUUCCGGGGGGGGGGGUUCAAAGUGAAAGACAAUCACUGAAUUAGCAAUGCAAAUCAUUUUUCUACUCUCUGAACUUACCAUGUAUAUCAAUAAAAAAUAGACUUUAA